CAACGAGCAGCAACACACUCGUCUUCAAACACACCGUAGUCUACCUCAGGUAUCCAGAACUUACCCACCCAUUCUUCGCAAGCAGCCAUGGCCGACCAGCACGAUGACCUCCGCGCCGAGCAGACAGAGGGCUUCCGGGUUGGCGAGAAGAAGACGCUCGACGAGUACCAGAACUUGGACAAGGAGGACGAGGCGCUGAACAAGUGGAAAGCUUCCCUUGGCCUUGGCCAGGGCAAGGACAUCUCCGACCCCAACGACCCCCGCAAAUGCAUCAUCUACUCGCUCGGACUCGAAGUCGAGGGCCGACCCGACAUCAUCAUCGACCUCAAGUCCCCUGGCGCUCUUGAGGCUCUCGAGAAGAAGCCCUUUGUGAUCAAGGAGGGAGCUACGUUCCGCAUGAAGGCGCAGUUCAAGGUGCAGCACGAGAUUCUGGCUGGCCUAAAGUACCUCCAGAAGGUUACACGCAUGGGUGUCAGCAACAAGAUGCAGGAGAUGAUGGGCUCGUAUGGACCCAGCACAGAAGAGAAGCCGUUCUACGAGAAGAAGUUCGAACCCGAGACGGCUCCUUCCGGCAUGCUUGGCCGCGGCCACUACACGGCCGUGUCCAAGUUCGUUGACGACGACAACCAGACUCAUCUGCAGUUUGUGUGGUCCUUCGACAUCAAGAAGGACUGGUGAGGGCUCGGCGCGGGCGAUAUCUGAUUCGAAGUGGCUGGCCAC